AUGGCGCAGCAAGGAGCUCAGCUGGACGGAGCUAAAUUCUGCUGUUCCAUCUGUUUGGAUCUACUGAAGGAUCCGGUGACUAUUCCCUGUGGACACAGCUACUGCAUGAGCUGUAUUAACAACUUCUGGGAUGAAGAGGAUAAGAAGGAAAUCUACAGCUGUCCUCAGUGCAGACAGGCCUUCACACCGAGGCCUGUCCUGGUAAAAAACACCAUGUUAGCAGAUUUAGUGGAGCAGCUGAAGAAGACUGGACUCCAAGCUGCUGCUGAUGAUCUCUGCUAUGCUGGACCUGAAGAUGUGGCCUGUGAUGUCUGCACUGGGAGGAAGCUGAAAGCCUUCAAGUCCUGUCUGACGUGUCUGAUGUCUUACUGUGAGAAUCACCUCCAGUCUCACUUUGAAUCAACCAAAUUAAAGAAACACAAGCUGGUCGAGCCCUCGGAGACGCUCCAGGAGAACAUCUGCUCUCGUCAUGAUGAGGUGAUGAAGAUGUUCUGUCGUACUGAUCAGCAGAUUAUCUGUUAUCUCUGCUCUGUGGAUGAACAUAAAGGCCAUGACACAGUCUCAGCUGCAGCAGAAAGGACUGAGAGGCAGAGAGAGCUCGAGGUGAGUCGACUAAACAUCCAGCAGAGAAUCCAGAACAGAGAGAAAGAUGUGAAGCUGCUUCAACAGGAGGUGGAGGCCGUCAGUCGUUCUGCUGAUAAAGCAGUGGAGGACAGUGAGAAGAUCUUCACUCAGCUGAUCCGUCUCCUCCAGAAAAGAAGCUCUGAUGUGAAGCAGCAGAUCAGAUCCCAGCAGGAAACUGAAGCGAGUCGAGUCAAAGAGCUUCAGGAGAAGCUGCAGCAGGAGAUCACUGAGCUGAAGAGGAAAGACGCUGAACUGAAGCAGCUCUCACACACAGAGGAUCACAACCAGUUUCUACACAACUACCCCUCAGUGUCACAACUCAGUGAACCUACAGACUCAUCCAGCAUUAAUAUCCGUCCUCUCAGAUACUUUGAGGAUGUGACAGCAGCUGUGUCAGAGCUCAGAGAUAAACUACAGGACAUCCUGAAGGAGGAAUGGACAAACAUCUCACUGACAGUGACUGAAGUGGACGUUUUACUGUCAGAACCGAAAUCAGAACCCAAGACCAGAGCUGGAUUCUUAAGAUAUUCACAUGAAAUCACUCUGGAUCCAAACACAGCACACACAUAUCUGUUAUUAUCUGAUGGGAACAGAAAAGCAGAACUAACACUUCAACAACAGUCUUAUUCUAGUCAUCCAGACAGAUUCACUGCUAGGUGGCAGGUCCUGAGUAGAGAGAGUCUGACUGGACGUUGUUACUGGGAGGUGGAGUGGAGCGGGACAGGAGUUCGUGUAGCAGUCGCAUACAAGAAUAUCAGCAGAGUAGGAGACUCAAAUGAAUGUGGAUUUGGACGCAAUGACAAAUCUUGGGCUUUAUAUUAUAACAAUAACAGUUAUGAAUUCUGGUUCAACAGCAUCUCAACUACCGUCUCAGGUCCUGUUUCCUCCAGAGUCGGAGUGUACCUGGAUCACAGAGCAGGUAUUCUGUCCUUCUACAGCGUCUCUGAAACCAUGACUCUCCUCCACAGAGUCCAGACCACAUUUACUCAGCCUCUCUAUGCUGGACUUUGGCUUUGUUAUGAUUAUGGAAACUCAGCUGAGUUGUGUAAAGUGAAAUAGUCAGAAGUCAUUUGAGGGACAGUCAGUUAUUUAGUCUC